AUGGCCACUACAGCGAGACAGCCCAAACCUCAACGGAAAGGUAUGCCAGAACCUGCUGCACGGCGUCCAACUGCAUGGACAGGCGCACGGGCGUCGCCAACUUACUCGCCGAGCACGCCCAAUGCUCGCCUACCCAACGGCGCCUCUUCCGCUGCUACCUCUGGCGCCUUCCCGCCGCUCGGUAACACGAAUAGUGCAGGUAGCACUCCGCCGCCGCGCACAAGCGGUGACGGCCCACAUGACCGUGUACUCGCUCAGCUCUCUGGGCUCGUCGGCACGACGAUUACACUUUCAACGAAGACCCACCUGCGCUACGAAGGCUCGAUUGCCUCAACUAGCGGUGAAGGCGACACGACCGGCGUCACGCUUCGCGACGUCAAAGAGCUCACAACUUCCGGUGCACCGCUUCGCGAGCAACUAUUUAUUGCCGCCACGAACAUUGAUCAAUGGAGCAGCGGGCCUGCCGAUUCUAAGGCGCCUGCUACCCAGCCUGCCGUCAACGGAGAUACUUUCAAGACAGACGUCGACAUCAGCAAAGCAACCGCUCUGCGACGUGAACGCGCUUUACAGGCAUGGCAGCCAUCGGAGGAGCCGGGCGCGUCUGCGUCUGCGUCUGCCUCGACGUCCCCGCCCCAAUUGAAUAACGCCUUACGCGACGAGUUGACAUUCGGCCCGGGUGCGGGUGGCUCAUGGGACCAGUUUGCGGCGAACGAAAAGCUGUUCGGUGUCCGUGCAGGUUUCGACGAGGAGGCGUACACGACGAGGUUGGACAGGAAUGCGCCGAACUUCAAGGAGCGGGAGAGGAGGGCGGCGGCGAUUGCGAAUGAGAUUAUGCAGAGUUCAACGAGCAACCCGCACAUAGCGGAAGAGCGGACACAGAAUCUUGUUGGAGAUAGCAGCACGAAUGAGGAAGAGAAGUACGGUGCCGUCGUCCGCAGUGCCAACGCAUAUGUCCCACCCGGCGCACGCAAAGGAAACGCCAGCGCGCCUACGAAGCCCGAGAAGCAGGCGCUGCCGAAGGUGUCGGUGGAAGCGCCGGAUGGGUCGUCGGUGCCAACUGACAAGGUUGGUACCAGCACGAGCACCACAGCUGGUGCAAUACCGCCGAAGGCUGGGUCGCCUGCACCCGCGGCUGGCGCGAAGCCGUCUGCUGAUGAUGCAUUCAGAGAGUUCGUGUCUAGUGAGAAGGACCGUCUCAUGAAAAGGAAGCAAGUGUUGAUGAAGAACGAGAUGGACAAGCGGAUGGCCGAGCUUGUGAAGUUCAGCAAGAGCUUCAAGCUUAACAAGCCGAUCCCUGAAGACCUUGUUCCCAUUCUUGCGAAGGAUGAAGAAAAGCAGCGGCAGAUACGCGAGAAGUCGACCAAGGACGCCGAAUCUUCGAAUGCGCGUGCUAUUGGUACCUCUAACACAAUCACCGCCUCGGCAACUGUCGCUCGUCUGCCUGGCGCCUCCAACCCGCCUGGCUCUGCGAAGCCGCCGGCAGCACAGCCAGCCAUUGCGAAGGCUGCGGCGGCCGGUGCGCAGAAGCUGGCUGAUCAGGCUAAGUCAGGUGAAGGCAAGCGGGUCAGCAUGUACAUUCAACCUAUCCCGGCCUUCAAGGGCAAGCGCUCAUCUGCGGCGCCUACUCCUGCUGCCGGUGCUGGUGCUCGCGCACCCAGCGGCGGCGCAAACGCUGUCGGGAACGGUCCGCUGUCGCCAACCGCUGCGAACCGCUUGAACGUGAAUGCUUCGUCGUUUAGGCCGAAUCCCAAGUCGGUCUCUCCUUCUGGUCCAUCUCCGGGUGUGAAUGGCUCGUCUUCUUCGCCCAAGCCGAAGCAGGCUGAAGGUGCAGCGUCCCCUCAGACGCAAGGCCCUCCCAACCCAUUCUUCGGGACGCGCAUUCCUAAGAAGGCUCCUCCUGUGCACAUUAAGGACGAUUUCAACCCCUUCAAGUACAACAAGGUCGUCGACGCUGCGCAAGUUGGUGCGUCUGACUUCGUAAGACCUACUGUAAGACGUAUGCUGACUUGGUCGUAG